AUGGGUGAAGGUUCUGUGGCACUAGAGUUGAAUCGAUUGUUGCAAAAUACCGUGAGAGCAACUAUUGUUGCUCAGCCGCAGUUGGUACCACAACCUACAGCUCAAGUUGAGGAGACUCCAGCUCAGAAGCAAGUGGUGAGAGAUGAAGCUAACAAGACUCGGAAGUUUGUCUCGGGUCUUAAUGAUCGAAUGAGGCCGUUGAUCGCGGCACAGUUUAUUAAGGUUUACUCUGAAGCAGUGGAAAGGGCUUUGAUGCUGGAGGCUGACAAUAGAGAGAAGGAUGCAAGAAGAGAGCAAUUGAAGCAAAAGAGGGCCAUUGAUACGGAGUUCAUAGGUUUUUUGCAUGUUCCGUCAAGAAAUGCAUCCGAAGAUGAGCACUACCAUAAUCUCAAGUAUAAUACCGAUCGCAUGAGGUUGACUCAAAUUGGGUUUACAUUAUUUGACAACGACAGAAAUAUAGGUGGUACGUGGCAAUUCAACUUUAGAAAGAGUGUGGGUGUCAAUUUCAAGAAGAAUCAGCACGGAGGAUUGAAUUUGAAAGGAGUUGACAUGAAUCUAUUUGCAGCAAUAUUCAGAAACUUGGUUCAAUCCCAUCAUAGUAUUCAAUGGAUCACAUUUCAUGGCUUGUAUGAUAUCGCUUAUAUAAUCAAACUGGUAACCGGGAGUUCUUUGUCAGAUUCACCUAUGGAAUUUAUUGAAAGCCUUGGUAAUAUACUUGGCCGUAUCUAUGAUGUGAAGUAUAUCACCAAGUAUUGUCGAGAGCUAUUGUGCGGAGAGAUGGAUUUAGAAAGAAUGGCAAACAUGUUGGGAGUAUGCCGCUUAGGGAUUGCACAUCAAUCCUGUUCAGACAGCUUAUUGACGGCUUGUGUCUUCUUGAAGAUGAAGGAAGUAUAUCAGUUAAUUGAGGAAAGAUUUGAAGGCUUCUUGUAUGGGGUCAGCACCAAGAUCGAGAUGAACUAUGAGCUAGUUACGAUUUGUUGUUCACCGCAAUAUCUCCAACAUCUUAGGCGUUGCUCGCCAUUUAAUUCAAUUUGUGGAGGAGUUGACCAAUGGUCUAUAUGUAAUAUAUGA